AUGCGUGAUGGAGUGACCCUCCGUGCGGAUGUGUUUCGCCCUGUCACUAACGAGAAAGUCCCAGCCAUCAUCAUGUAUGGCCCUUAUGGUAAAUCUGGAUCAGGGUGGUUUAACAUUGACAAAUUUCCUUUCCGUGUUGGUAUUCCUGAGUCAAAGUUGUCUGGCUAUGAAAAUUUCGAAGGCCUCGACCCUGCUGAAUGGGUCCCGAAGCAAUAUGCCAUUGUCAACGUUGACGCAAGAGGUAUCAAUGAUUCCGAGGGAAAUGUGAGAUGGUGGGGUUCUGCAGAGGGAGAGGAUGGACACGACACUGUCGAGGAGGUUUCAAAACUCCCUUGGUGCUCGGGAAGAGUCUCAAUGGCCGGAAACUCUUGGCUAGCGGCUUGUCAAUGGUACACGGCAGCUCAACACCCGCCUCACCUGGCCUGCAUUGCUCCCAUGGAAGGCAUCAGUGAUCCCUUCAGAGAGCAUAUGCACCGCGGCGGAAUUCUGAACACGCGAUUCGCAACUCCUUUGUCGGCAUCUUUUAUCGGGAGGGGGCAAAGAGAUGACAUGCCAGCAAUGGCAGCUAAAUAUCCAGAUAGUAACGAGUAUUGGGACGACAAACGCGCAAGGAUGGAGGAAAUAAAGGUGCCUAGUUACAUUGUCGCAAGCUUUUCAACGGGCCUACACAAUGUUGGUUCUUUCCGCGGUUUUGAAGAGAUGGCAUCCAAGGAUAAAUGGAUAUCCGUCCACACUACCCAAGAGUGGUAUGACCUCUAUACCAAGGAGCGCACAGAUGACCUUGAGAAAUUCAUGGAUCGAUAUUUGAAGGGAAUCGAUAACGGCUGGGAGAAUACGCCUCGAGUCCGAUACGCCUUUAUUAACUUCAACAAAGACUCCGAGGUCAAUGUACCAUUCACUGACCUUCCAUGGAACCUUUCCAGCGCAACUGAAAAGCGCCUUUUCCUAUCGGCCGAUCGAAAGCUAUCACCGACGAAGGCGUCCGAACCGGGUCAAGUUAGAUAUCAAGCAGACGCUCCAUCCAAGUUGAUGGGACCCGACCCUGAUGAUCCAUUUUUCUCUCAUACUUUUGUUCAAGAAACCAGGCUCGCAGGACCCGCAACGGCUAUCCUCUACGUUUCUUCUCCCAGCAGUAAUGACAUGGAUGUACAUGUUCAGCUGCGCAAGGCGGACAAAAACGGAGAAGUGCUAACAUACGCCAACAUCCCGUUGAAGGACAUUGGGGUUUCCACAGUCUCGGAGGUGCCAGACCUUAACGUGUUGAAGUAUUUGGGGCCUACAGGAAUGCUUCGUGCAUCAAGACGCCACGUUUCUGAAGCUCUGUCUAGUAGGAGCAAAUCCUGGAGAACCCUCUCGCACAGUCAGGUCGAGCCCGUUGCACCUGGCAAUGUAGUUCGGCUCGAGAUACAGCUGUGGCCAACUGGGCUGAUAUUUGAUGCCGGGGAGAGGUUAUUGCUUUAUGUGUCAGGGCACUAUAUGACCCUGCCCGAGUUUGAAACAAUGCCGCCAUACGAAAAUCAUAACCGGGGCGAGCACAUCAUUCAUGUCGGUGGGGAAUAUGAUAGUUCUUUGGUCUUCUACCAGGUUUAG